AUGUCUGACUUUGAAUUCAGUAUGAUCAAUGCGAGUAUUUCGCUGAUCGAGCUUCUCCAGCGCGAGGUUCGACACCCACAUGCAAGACAGCUGCCAGAUAUCUAUAAAAUCAUCGCUCGCACCUACUCGCGUGGUAUACAUACGCCGCUAGAGCUGGUACUCACUACACUAAAUACUAUGGCGACGAUGGACCGCACAGCAACGACGGAAUGGCUCGUGGCGCCUAAAGACUCGCACGUGCGCAUGGCGCCGAUUGUCAUCGUAAUUGACGUGCUGGAACGCAUGCUUUGUGACACAUACGCAUUGUGUGCGUAUACGUAUGAGCGUGCAUCUGAGGGGCGCGUGCGUCGCGCUUGUGUGGAAUGGCUGGGCGAACUGGCCCGGCAACAGCUGGCAACACUGCAAUACUGCCGCUCGCUCGGGACGCCGCACAGCCUGUACUAUGAAGAAUGCGAAGCAUGGCGCUCGACGGCAGCUCACUGGUACGGCAUAGCCGCUCGCGACGUGCCGGACGAUGGCCGCUGGUAUGCAGCACUGGGUGAACUGUGUGAACGAGAUGUGCUCCUUUCCAUGUACUACUAUUGCAAGAGUUUGCAAGUCGUGCAUCCGCGUCUAGAGACGCGAGAAAUUAUGCUGGAGCUGGUUCACCGGAAAGUGCAACAGACGCGUGUUGCAAUACGCUCACCGGCGCAUGACUUGUUCGCGCACCUGCUCGGCUUGUUGCUCAUGCGAGUUGAACUCGACACGUUCGAGGGCGUACUGAAUCGUCUAGCACACCACCUCACUCAAGAUCCAUGUCCCCUACUCGAGACCGAAUGGUGCAUGAUAAGUGUAUGUACGGCUGCGGCUAUUCUUGAAUUCGGUCGUGAAGAUGCCUGGGUACCGGCGCGCCACCUCGGUGCGUUCCAUAUACCGUCAGAUGCACGCCCGCUGUCGGACUCAUGUGCGACAUUGCUCCCGGAUCUAUAUAAGCAAAUCCAGCUGGCCACUCAGACACAUGUGUCUCAACCCCGUGACGUUGCGAGUAUCCUAGCCGCAUGCGAUAAUUACAAUAUGCCGAUGCCCUUGUCAUGUGCGUUGGCACUGGCUAUCACGCUAGUUGAUAUGGCCACACGUCGCCUGAGCCUGGCGCUCAAUGAUCCUGCUGCACAUAUCAAUGCGCCGGGCAUGUUCCUGACCGUCAUGCUUUCAUUUUUGUAUGUGCUGACGCUUCGUACGGAUGAGCCCCAUAUUUCUGCGGUGUGUGAGGUUCUUCGCGACCGGCUUCCGUGGAGUCAGCUCGCAUCAUAUGCAUGUGGCGAUGUUUUUGGUUCGCGGCCAACCGAUGAAGCUGCCUUACUGCCACCAGCGCAAGCAGACCUGCCGGAAGACUGGUGCCUCCGAGGGAUUCUGUGGAAUGUGUGCACGCCAAAAACGUCGCCAGUGUUGUCGCAGACUGAAGGCAUGCAUGCAUUUUCCUUCGUGUCGGAAUCCAACAUGCUCGCCGACCUAGGCGCGAUAUCGCGCCAUUUUGCGACACUCACGACAAAUACAUAUCGGGCAGCAUAUGCACAGGAUCCUGAGUUGAAGCGACUCUUGCAAGUUCGACAUGCGCGCACAUCACUGCUUACUGCGCGUCUAUAUGGAUAUACUUUCCAACAUAAGCGUGAUCCUCAUGACUCUGGCAGCUCACUAUCAGAAGCGUAA